ACACCCGAGGCAUGGCCUGCUGUGGAUUUGAAGGGGACAGGAGCUUCAAGAAACUCAUAAAAACACGUGACAAAAGAUGACGAGAUCUAGAUCAAGAUCGCCACGAUGGAAACAAAGGUCCUUAUCUCCAGCAUUUAGGAGUCCAGAACACCAUAGGCAAAGGCAUGCUCAUAUUAAUUAUGACUGUGAAUAUAAAAGCUUUCGUAAGGACCCAAAGAAGUCUAUGCCUUGGAGAGCAGAAGAUGAAAAGUAUGGACAAAGCAAUUCGAGAUUUGCACCUCAUGGAAAUAACCACCAGAGAAUUUAUCAACGUAGGUCGCCUUCACCAAACCUGAAAAGAAUUCUCUUGGAAGACACUUAUAGUCAUAAGCCCUACAGAACACAUUCAUCAGAAAGAACUGAAAGCAAUAGGAGAUACCAGUUACCACCAAAAUACUCAGAAAUACCAUAUAAAGAACAUGACCGACCGUUUUACCAGCACAAAACGGAAGAAAGAUACGUGUCUGAGCACUAUAAAGUCACUGGAAACGAAAAAGGAAUGAAACCUUUUCAUAGACCAUUAGGGGCUUCAUGUAAACUUGAAAGAAAAUGGCAUGAAGAUGACUUGAGGCACCAGAGGUUACAUGAGGAGAAGUAUGGUCAGUCACCCAGAAGAGUGUCUGAUGAAUUUACGGCAAGGAGCUCUUUACAGAAGAGGUAUCCUGAAGAUCACGAUUACAGAGAAUAUGGGCACACGUCUAAAAGGGCUAAAGAAAUGGAGAGGUAUGACGGUGGAGAAAUAGCAAGAAAUUCCAAGUGGAAGCAAGAACGUUCUUUUGCACCCUACAAAGAAAAGGAGGAGCAAAGAAAUCUGGGUGCCCAGUCUCACCGAUCGGCUGAAAGGGAGUACUCGGAGGGGUCUGUCACAAAGAUAGCCUAUGAAUAUAGUCACAAACGACGCAGGCAUCCAGAUGGGGAAAAGUCUUUUUCAGAUGAUAGAGCUCAGAAGUAUGGAAAGCAGGAAGACCAGAAGUACAGUUCUUCUAAGGGUGCCCGGGAUAGCAAAGAGUUAGAUUACUUUAGCGGUGGAAGAGCGAGACAGACUGAAGAAGGGCACGUUGAAGUACCUGUUAAAUAUAGUUCAAAGAAGGGCUGCAAUGCAUGCGUUAACUCUUGCAAAACGGAUGUUGAUCUGAGAUCCUUUAAUAACAAGCAGAAGGAAAGAGUAAGGAAAGAAGGGGAAAUCAGGAAAAAAGUAGAUUCCUCCAAUAGCCAGCAUGAUUCAAGUCAUACAGUUUCAGAUGUGAAAAUGUCAGAUGUCAGCUGUAGGAGGGAACGUCUCACAAUCAAAGUGGAUAUGAAGAAAAUGGUGGCCAAGUACAGGGCUGCUUCUAGUCAUACUACAGAGAGACAGAUGUCACAUGAUCUGGUUGCUAUUGGCAGGAAAAAUGAAAAUUUUCAUCCAGUGUUUGAGCACAUGGAAUCUGUAACACAAAACGUUGAAAACAAUCCAUCAAGAGAAUUUACUCAGGAAAUAAUUACAAUUAUCCAUCAAGUUAAAGCAAAUUAUUUUACAUCUUCUGACAUAACUUUACAUGAACGGUUCUCAAAAAUUCAGGACAAACCAGUUGCAAAUAUAAAUGAAAUUAAAACACGUUUGGAUCCAGAAAUUCACAGGAGGAUUGAUAUGUCUCUAGCAGAACUUCAGAACAAACGAGCUGUGCCAUCUGAAUCUCCACAGAACAUUAUGAGAGUUCUAGAAGAUCCACAUGAUCUACGGCAUGAUAUAGAGAGGAGAAGAAAAGAGAGAUUGCAGAAUGAAGAUGAGAGAGUAUUUCAUAUAGAUGAUGUAACUCCAAGGAACCAGCAAAGCUGCAGUGUCUCAAAAUUACGAAACUCCUAUUUUGAUGGCUUCCAAAAGCCUAUGAGGUUCUUUAAACCACCUUUCAGGAAAUUUAUUGGGAAACCUCAUCUGAAUUCUUACUAUUCUUCAAAAACAAACGAUAUUUUCCCUCACAGACGGAUUAGAGGACAUCUUGAAAAUACAGGACCCAUUAGGAGACACUUUAAGAGCAACUUUACAGAUGGCCGUUUGCAAUCCCAUUAUAAAUCAGGCUUAGUACAGAAGGGUUUAUAUAUUCAGGCUAAGUACCAGCGGUUACGUUCUGUUGGUGUAAGGGGAUUUACCACUAAUAAAUUCAGAGAUGGAUUUUUAAGGAAAGAAAAGGCAAAUUUGAUUCUGCAGUCACUUCCUCCAUGUUUAUCCCUUGAAAACUUAGAAACUUUGGAUAGUUGAAAAUCAGAGGAACACUUAAAUAUUGCAACAGAAACCUGAACUGAGCUGUGAUCCUGAGGCUGGAACAUACAACACAGCAAAGGGAGAAUGUGUUUUUUGACAACUUUGUCAAGAAUUACAAUAGGAUAAAUGAACUAACAGUGUAACUUUCUUGAUAAAAAUAACUUUAUUUUUCAGUAGUGGAAUGCUGCAGAACUUUUUUACAGUUUUAAUAAUUGCUUUUAAAUUACAGUAUUCAAUUGAAACAUUGUAGUAUGUACCUUUAGUUCUUUUUUGCAUACCAGUCUCAAGCAGAGAAAUCAUUGAAGGGAGUCUUAUUUAUUGAAUACUUUUUCUCUAAGCAUGAUGUUACAGAUGGAACCUGAGUUGUUAUACACAGAGGUUUAUAUGUUGGAAGUUUAUUGCUUAUGUAAUAAAAAAGGAAAAAAAAAAAAAAGUGCCUGAAUUGUUGGUAAUAGCACAUUAGCUCAGGAUUUUCCAAGUAAUGACCUUUUAGGUUGUGCAAUAGAUGUUACACCUCUGUUCAGUCGUUUCUGUAAAGCAGUAUUUUGUAUUACUUCAUUUUAGUUUACUAUUAAACUUGAGUUUUUGAUGUGUGUAUAUACACAUUUGUAAGUUGUUAAAAUGAGACAACUUUCAGCAUUUGAUUAAGAUAUAUGGUAAUGGGCAGGUAUGUAAUGUACUCUAGCAGUAGUUUAUAACUGCACUGAAAGCAUGCUUGGGUUUGUUAGAGGAUUAGUUGGUCUGUAUUCAGAAAUAUUCUGUCUCAUUACACUUUUCAGUGUAUGACAUUCUUGACCAAGCCACGGGUUCUCUAAUCUUUUUGCCGCUAUUUCAUGGAUUCUGAAGAUGGAGCCUGAAGUAUUUAAAUACAAGAAAAAACAAAAACACAAAUUUUAUAAGCAUGUCUUCUAACAAAGCUGUUUAUAAUUGAAACUGCUUUAAAUGCAGAUAGCUUGUAAUUUUUUGUUUAAAAUCCCAGUAAAUCUCUGCAGUUUACUGUAUCGCAAUAUUGUUACGCUGUAUGCAAAAUUCAAAUAGGCAGACAUAUUUUAUCAUUGGCUAUAGACAAUAUUGUGUUUAUUUCCUAUUUAUAGCUCUUGCCUUAAUAUAUAGUAUAUGGUAGGGUUGUGUGUAUGUAUUAAAGAUUUGUUCAGACUUUUUAUUCCAGGUAAAUUAAAUAUACAUAUGUAGUUUCCGGAGAAGAUGUUCUCAUUUGUUUUAAGGAAAAAGUUGAUCACUGUAUGCAGUUUAACGUAUCUGUCAUUUCUAGGACAGUGUUAGCCAUGUAUAAUGCAAGUUAUUCCCUAUUAUGGAUAAUAGACUCCUAAUACUGGAUAGAGGUAUCUUCAGAGAAAAAAGACAUCUAAUUUUUGCUGGAAAGUCAGGAUAUGAUUUUUGCAUACUUCUUAAAAUGGUUUUAAAUGGAAUUAAAACAGCUAAAUUGGAAGGCUAGAAAAGUCAACACAAAGCAAAUACGGAGCAGCCCACUAGCAGGGAAGUGCUGCAGUGAACCCCUGCAGAUUGGUGCCAGGUUUAACCUCAGUCAACAAGCUAUUCACACUGCUCCUGAAUGUGAUAAAGCACUGUAAAACACACAAGUGAAAUGUAUAUUAAGUAGGACAAAUAACUGAAGAUGCGUUGUCUUAUUCAACAGGAUAUUACUGUUUCUGUAAGCUUCCUGCAGUGUUCUUACAAAAGCCUGGAAGAGAAUUUGUUGUUGAGCAAAUGAGGAAAAAGUGGCUAUGUGAAGAAAGUUCUGAUACGGCAGUUUUGAUAACCUUGUUGGGAAUUAGCGCUGCCCAGUCAGGCUUAAUGCUUCUCACUUAUGAAAUCCGGAUUUAGAAGUGUGAAUGGCUCCUCUGACUGACUUUGUGCUUUGCUAGUUCUACCUGUGCAUGAGUAGGCAUCUCUAACUUUUAUUUCUACAACUGAGAGCAGCACAUUACAAACAAAAGGCAUUUUUGAUAUGUUCACUGAUUUUUUUUUUUCUUUUUUUCCCCCCUCACCCAUCCCCAGUCCCAAGAUGAGUGUCAUAUAAUGAAAUGGAGUCUCUGAUGUUUCAGUUGCUUUAGCAUUUGUUUAAGAUGAUACCAUUUGUUCAAAUCACAUUCUUUAUUGAUGACUUUGCUUCACUAAUUCAGGAUUCUGCCAUGACAAAACUUUCUGCCUUAUUAAAAAAAUCAUACAGAAAUUGAACUUUGUAAUUGUUAGGUGCUAGAGGGAACCUAACUGUCUAUGAGGUAUUGUUAUCUGAUGUGAGACUUAAGGUGGCUCGAGCGCUGUGUAGGUAUAUCUUUUUGGAUUAGAUAGUGUUGCAUCUAUGUACUCGCACACAAAUAAUCAGCUCUUUUCCUUUCUACACAGAAAAGUAGCAUCUGUUGUGCUGGUACAGAAUGUUUGGCCGAGAAUAAUAUAUUGAAGGAACUGGGUUGUCAAGGCAUAGAUGAGAAAAUUAGUGUUAAGUAUAAGAAAGGUCAGUUUACUUCAACAAUUUGGUGCCUUUCUGUAUUGAGACUGCAUUGUAGAAAACCUCCUCUUGGAGCUAAACAACAACAAAAAAUACUUUAACAUUCUGAAUGCCAUUGUUCCUAAUGGAAGGAUUAAAAUAACUUUAAAUAUGUGUAUAGUCCUCAGCCUCAGAAGAAAAAUACCAUCUCUUUUACUGGUAAAGCCUGUCACCACUCUUGCAUUGGAAGUGCAAGUUAAAAAUGUGAUUGUUUAAAAGCUAGUUAAUUUUGUUUCAUACUUUUAUAAAUGUAUUUUCUUUUGACCAAUGUGAAAUGACUGCUAAAUGCUCUUUGUCAUAUUCUCAAUUGUUCUCAUGUGAACUUGUUUUUUUACUGCAAAAUGCAAUGAUUUAAUGUGAUCAGAGACCUCCUUACAAGUGUCUAAGAUAGUAAGUUAUUGUGGCAUUAGCAUUUGCAUUGCUGAGGAUUCUAACCAACCAAUGUAGAAAUUAAACUGCUCAUUUUGUGAAUCUAAACUUUGUGAUGAUUGAAUUCACAAGUUUAACAAAAUUGUGGGGCUAGUAAUAAGCAACACGUUGUGAGCUAUAUAGACAUCUGCCUUAACUUCUAGUAAUUAUUUGCAAAAUUUAAAUCACCUUACCCGAUGGAUUUAGUUAGGUCCAGGUCUCAAGAUAGGACAUCUAUUUCAACUCGGGUAACUGAUGGCAUAGGGAGGGAGAAAAUUCACCCAGUUGUGAUAAUAUUUUACUUGCUGUCUUCUCUCUCAGGGCCUGAGGAUGAAAUGCUGAAUUUUCUUUGUACAAACUUAGUUGCUAAAAAAGAUCAGUAUUACGUUUCUGUGGUAUUACAAAAGGCAGCGUUUUCACAACUGGCUUUUUAUUCAUUGGAAGGUCAUGUCUUGUCAUGUCCUGGAUAGUGAGAGUUGCUUGGAGAAGAUGAUUAAAGGUCAUAGCAAGGAUUAAGGUAUGGGGACUUGAUUUGAGUUUUCACCCUAAAGACUGCAAUUAGAGGGAGAUCUUGAACUUUGCUUUCUGAAGGAAACUUUUUCCCGUACUCCUUAGAAAUAUGCUUUUUGCCUUUCUUUAAGCAUCUGAACCACCAUCUGCAAAGUUCUCUAUGGGAGAACUCUCUAAAGGAAAGACUUAAGACUUGCACCCCAAAAAUCUGCAAAAACUGGAUGUUUCUGCACAUCUCUGGCCCUUAAUAGACUUCAUUCCACUGCUGCAGGAUAUGAAGAUAAGAGGUUCUUCAGCCUCCUUACAGAGAAGGGAGAAAAAUAACAAAAGCCAUUUCAAGAACUUUGAAAGCCUAUUUACAACACAUAACUCCUUGGCAGACCUUAAGGACAGUAAUGAACAUUUAACUGUGUUCUGUUUCGUGUUUGGUAAGCAUACAUUUUCAGUGUUAGAAAUAUGAGAAAAACAUUGUCGUAUCGCCUGCUCCUGGCCUGAUGUUUUUUUUUUUUCUUGUUGGAGGGUUUCUGAGUAGUUAUUUAGCCAUGUGAUUUAUCUUUGCUGCCUUCCACUUCAAUAGGGCUUUCUUCUGUUCCGUUCAUUGCUCCGAAUUUUGUCGAAGUUGCCCAAGUCUCAUAUUGUCUCUUUUAAUAUUUCAUUUUCUGUAAAUAAUGUAGUAGAUGGCUUUUAUUGUGUGACUGGCUUCUCUUACGUCUUAUCCUUCAGGGAAGAAGGCAGGGUGGAAACAGUUGUUUAGUACACUCUUCGUGAAAUAAAAGAAGCUUCAUUGUUUUGCUUUAAGAAUAGCAGGCUUC